UUGAUUCAGUACACAAUUCUAUAACAAACAAUUGUCAACAAAGUGUUAUUAGCAGUGAUCAUGACUAGAUUUUUUUAAAGUAAUAUUUUGAUUUGUAAAACUAUAGUUUAUAUUUUAGUAAUUAAUUGUUGUGAAUUCAUUUAGGCAUAAAAUAAUUCUUAUUUAAAUUUUAAAGUCGAAAUUAUGUAAUUUACUUUAAUCAACUCAAGAAGUUUUAAAUGUAAAUAUUUAAAAUGAUUAAAAUGGAAAACCACUACUACACAUCAUUUACUCCAAAAGAUGUAUCAGAAAUGUGCAUACAAACGAAAAAACCUAUGUCCGCCUGUCACACAGAUAAUUUUGUAUUUUUGCGAUUUCUUAUGCACUUGUUUGGCUUUACGACUGAUAGCGAUUUAACACUUCAAAAGAAACAUGUAUUAUCAAAUAUCGAAAACUCAGAUUUAGAUCCUAAUCAUUUUCUAGCUGGUUAUGAACAUUUAUUCGAUGAAACAAUUAUGUCAAUUUUCCAGAAAACAAGACAGAAAAGGUUAGCGCAUGAAGAAUACGACUUUGUUAUCGUCGGUGGCGGAUCAGCUGGUUGUGUGGUAGCUAACAGAUUAUCGGAAAUUAAAGAGUGGAAGGUCUUACUUUUGGAAGCCGGUAUUGAAGAACCAGAAUUUUCUUCUGUACCUGGAUUAGCUCCUUUACAAUUGAAUAGCAAAAUUGAUUGGAAUUAUACCACCCAACCAGAUAAUCAUAUAUGUAGAUCGAGACCGGGAGGUGCGUGUGAUUGGGCAAGAGGUAAAGUGAUGGGUGGAUCUAGUACAAUAAAUUAUAUGAUAUAUACUCGAGGAAAUAGAGAAGACUAUAAUGAAUGGGAAGAAAUGGGAAACGAAGGAUGGGGGUAUGAUAAUGCUCUGUAUUAUUUUAAAAAAUCGGAAAACAAUGAAGACCCAGAAAUUUAUAAGAAAAAUCCACAUUUUCACGGAAAAGGAGGAUAUCUUACUGUUGAAUGGUUUCCUUACAUUGAUUCAACUGCUGUUAAUUUAAUUAAGGCUUGGAAAGAAAAAGGUUUACCUUAUGUGGACGUUAAUGCUUAUUCUCAAAUUGGCGUCACUCAUUUGCAAUCUACAUCAAAACAUGGUGAAAGAAUGAGUACAAAUAAAGCAUUUAUAAGGCCUAUAAGAAAAAAAAGGAAAAACUUAACCAUAAUAACUGAAGCGCAUGUUACUAAAGUAAUAGUAUCCGAAAAACAUGCGGUUGGAGUUGAAUAUUUUUUAAAAAAUAAAUUAAGAACAGUUUAUGUAAAAAAAGAAGUUAUUUUAAGUGCAGGUUCCUUGAACACUCCAAAAAUAUUAAUGUUAUCUGGUAUUGGACCUAAACAACAUUUAAAAGAAUUGAACAUUAAAUUGAUAAAAGAUUUGCCGGUUGGUAAAAAUUUACAAGAUCAUGUUACAUCAGAUGGUGUAGUUAUCAAAGUAAAAAAAACUGCAACUGAUAAACUUUUAGAAGAAAAAAAACAUGAUGCUAUUUUAUACAAAAAAAAAAGAAAAGGGCCUUUGGCAGCAACUGGCCCAUUGCAGUGUGGUGUUUUUCUACAAACAAAAUUUGAAAGAUCAGUAGAUCUACCUGACAUUAACUAUGCUUUUGAUAACUCUAACUCAAAAGAUUGGAUUAUUGAUCCAGCUAAUGCUUCAAGAAUGGGAAUGUCCCCUGUUUCUUAUUAUGAAGCAAUAAACGUUAGACCAAUUUUGUUAAAACCCAAAAGUAGAGGAUACCUUUUAUUAAAUUAUACUAAUCCUGUAUGGGGACAGCCAUUAAUAUUCCCUCGUUUUUUUACUAAAGGAAAUGAUCUUCAAGUACUUAUCCAAGGAAUGAAAAUUGGAGCUAGCCUUGUAAAAACACACUCUAUGAAAAAAACUGGUGCAGUUUUAGUAGAUCAUCCAGCAGAAAGUUGUAAAAAGUAUAAAUUCGGAAGCAAUGACUAUUGGGCAUGUGUCAUCACUGAAUACACAACUACAAUUUACCAUCCAGUCGGAACAUGCAAAAUGGGACCUAAUCAUGAUGAAGAAGCAGUAGUCGAUCCUCAAUUACGAGUUUAUGGUAUAGCCGGUUUAAGAGUAGUAGAUGCAUCAAUUAUGCCCACAAUUGUACGAGGAAAUACUAAUGCACCAACUAUUAUGAUAGCAGAGAAAGCAUCUGAUAUGAUUAAAAAACAUUGGAAACAUUACAGUAGUUCUUAAAUUAAUAAAAAUAAAUCUAAGAUCAUAUGAAAAUCAAUUAAACAUUCAUGUCAUAAAAAUAGUUUAUUUAUUAUCGGAUCAUUCAAUUCUCCUUCUUUUUCCUCGCCUUUAUUCCAACUAAUUGAGUAAAGGUCACGCUUGUCCUAAGUUCCACUUGACACGACCUUCCACAUCAUCUACGCACACAUCAGCCGUCCUCUCAUUGCAUUCAAUAACAUUCCUUCAUUUCUUUUAUGGUCAUCCUCUACCUUUUCUUCCUUCAACAUUCAUUUCUACAACUUUCUUACAGCUUCCGAUUCUUCUCUUCUCAUAAUAUGACCAAACCAUCAAAGUCUAUUUUCUCUCAUCUUAUCCACAAUUGACGCUACACCUAUAUUCUCUUUUAUAUGCUCAUUUCUUAUUCUAUCUUCUCUAGUUAUUCCACUUAUCCAUCUAAGCAUUCUCAUCCCUGCUACACUCAUUCUCUGCUCUACUAUCUUGUUAACCACCCAACACUUUGAACCAUACAUUAUAGCUGGUCUCACUAAAGUCAUAUAGAACUUACUUUUCAGUCUCCUUGGAAUUAUUUUAUCACUUAAUACACCAGACGCUUCUGUCCACUACAACCACCCGCAUUUAACUUGUAUCUUACAUCCUCGUCAAUACCACCGUUCUUUUGCACAACUGAUCCUAAAUACUCAAAACUUUCUUCCUCUACUAUUAUGCCCUUGCUUAUUGUCAUUGAUUUUCUCAUUUCACCUGUAUCGUGUUACGGAGUGUGGACAUUAUAGAGGCAUAAAGCUUGUGAGUCAUAGUAUGAAAAUUUGAAAAAAUAUGUAAGAGAAUAAAACAUGUGACAUCGGUAUCUAAAAACCAGUUUAAAUUUAUAUCUGGUAAUUCAACAAUGAAACCAUUAUUUUGUAUGAGACAAUUAAUAACUUAGAAUAGUUAUUUAUUGCAAUUAGCAAUUCUCCUAAAAAAAAAAAAAAAUGGAGAAAGUCAUUUUUGUACUAUUUUUACAGUGCAAAAAAAUUCGAAAAAAAUAAUAACCUAAUACAUAAUAUUAAAAGAUUAUCAAGUUAAGAAAACACUGGGCGAUAACUUGUUUUUUAAAACAUAACGAAACGUGCAAAAUUUUAAAUCUAGUGCGUAAUUAAUAUAUACCUUAUGAUAAAAAUAAUUAUGCAUCUAUAUUUUAAAAUAGUAUUAACUUCCGAGAAACGGUCCAAAAAUUGUUACCGAUUACUCAUUACUUAGCUAGAUUAUUUUCUCAUAUAUUUUAGUAAAAUAUACAUGUAUUAUUACAAAAAAAAAGUUCAUACUCUUAUAAGACUUAGGGGAAGUCCGGGUAAUGUGAUAGGUUAAAUUCAGAGCAAAAAAUAUGAGUAACAAUUAUGGGUAACAAAUUUGUUACCAAACUAAUAUUAUAUUCAUCUCUAAUAAGUCAAAGUAAUUUUUUU